CGUUCCUCGCUCCUUUCGGCAACCUCGGCUGAUCCUCGCGGGAGUUCAGUUCGGCUCUCGGUUUGGGCUCUGUGGGAGUGGCAAGAGGAAGAAUGAAUGUUCUCUUCGUGGUUCUUGAUCCGGAACUUGUUGUCCAGGAACCCCGGAAGAGGUAGCUCACGCAAGAGAAGCGUGGUGGCCUCCCAGAAGUGAAGAACGGCAAGUCUCGAGUGAGAAGAGGUCCUCUAGAUGUUCUCCAGAUCCUUGCUUAUGGAAUAUUUGGCUCACCCUGGUACACUCAGCUUGGCUGCUGGAGUUGUUUGUGGCAUGUGCCUGGGCUGGAGCCUCGGAGUACGUUUUGGGAUGUUCCCCAAAAGAAUGACAAGUGAGAUAGACACAGAGACUGGAACCGAAGCAAGCAUCUUGGGAGAGAGUGGAGAGUACAAAAUGAUUCUUGUGGUUCGAAAUGACUUGAAGAUGGGAAAAGGAAAAGUGGCUGCCCAGUGUGCUCAUGCUGCAGUUUCUGCCUAUAAGCAAAUUCAGAGGAGAAACCCUGAAGUGCUAAAACAGUGGGAAUACUGUGGCCAGCCCAAAGUAGUGGUCAAAGCCCCUGAUGAAGAAACCUUGGUUGAAUUAUUGACCCAUGCAAAAAUGCUGGGACUGACCGUAAGUUUAAUCCAAGAUGCUGGACGUACACAGAUUGCACCAGGCUCUCGAACUGUCCUAGGAAUUGGGCCAGGACCAGCAGAUGUAAUUGACAAAGUCACUGGUCACCUAAAACUUUACUAGGUGGACUUUUGUUUGAUGACAGUGAUCCCUUUAUCACAUGUUUGAAACAUGUCAAAUUCUAACAAUAAAAGCUGAAGUUCCCCCCCCAAUUUAAAUAUUCUUGAGAUGAAAAUAAAAUCUGUUCACCUGUUCUUCUAUCACGUA